AUGAGGCCGACCCUCGCCGUCGUCCUCAUCGCCGUCCUCGCACCCGCCUCGCUCCAGCAAAUCAUGCCCCCGACCUCUCAGCAGCAGCGUCUGCCCGUCCAACCCCCCGGCAAGGAAGACCUCUACUCGGACGACAACCCCCCGCCGCCCCGCAUCAAAUUCUCCAGCGGCACCAGCAGCGGCACCGCCGACGACCACGACCCCUCCUCCCCGGACAAAUACCACCCGUCCCAGAUCCAGCCCCGAAUCUCCCUAGCCGAGGCCAUCGGUCCGCAGCGCUCCAUCUCCUCCUUCGGCUCCGUCGCCCGCCUCCGCUCCCCCACGUCCGACCUGCUCUCCGACCCAGCCGCCAAGGCGACCGUCCUCGCCCCCCUCAACUCCGCCAUAGACGCCCUGCCCCGCAAACCGUGGGAAUCCCCCAGCGACUACUCCGCCCUGGGCGACCGAGCCUACCAAGGGCAGCAGGGCCAGGACCGCGCGAACCACAACCUGGAGCAGUUUGUAAAGGCCCACCUGGUCAUGAGGGCGCCGUGGCGGGAGGGCGACAGGGCCACCACCUGGGCGGGCAAGCAAGUCUGGUGGGAAGAAAAGGACGGCAAGAGGCUCAUUCUGCCGGACGGCGUCGAGGUGGACAGGGUCGUCUGCAGGGUUGCCAAUGGCGAACUGUGGUUGCUCAAAGGAGUGAUGAAUUACCAGUGA